AUGUCUCCUUUGCAAAUACUAGUAGUACUCCUUCUGGUCGCCCUUUGGGCCCCACUACCACACGCAGAAGCACAACAACAACAAGCAUCAGUAUCAGUAUCAGUAUCAUCACUAGAAGUAGAAUGUUCGGAACUGAUAGAAGACUUUGACUUCACGAUGGACGGUUUCAUUGGACAAGUCGAGUUCAUUCAAUUACUAGAAGAACUAGCUACCGGUAUGCCCGCCUCUAGCAGUUGCAAUGUAGCACACACAUGGCAAUCGAAACGAGUCUUUCAAACGGCAUUGGAAGAAAUGUCGUGUCUGUGCACCGCCUACUCUCAAGAAGGCGACAGUCGGUGUCGAUGCGACUCGGACCAUACUGCCUUUGCUCUUCCUGGAACAUUCGACAACAGCGACUACGAUCGAGCCAUUUGUCGUCACAUUGUUCAAGCCAUUCAGUCGGAGUGUGGUGAAGAAGAACAAGAAGAACAACAAGAACCUCCUGUUCUCUCUCCUCCUUCCACCAACGACUCUGCUCCACCCGCUUCCAGCCUUCUCACAGCGGCUCUCUCCUUGCUGGCACUUAUGGUGCUGUGUGUCGUGAUCGUGCUGCAAGUGCUGCUGCAACAGCCAUCCACACACAGCAAGCAACUGCCACUCAUCACUGCCGAUGUACUUCUCCAAGCUCCUUCUUCUACUUCCACAACUACAUGUACAUCGCUAAUACAACCCACUUCCUCCUCCGACACUCCUUACCUCCAGAUUGUAUAA